UGCGGCGUGCUCUGUCUCCACAACAUGGCGGGUGCGGAGCCUUUCGCUGCGGUGUUGGGUGCCCUGCGCGGCUGCUACGCUGAGGUUACCCCGCUGGAGACCUUUAUCCGGCAGCUGCAGGAGAGCAAUGCUGGAGAGGCAGAGUUAUUGCGGGGCGACGACACCUCCUGCUACCGGACCUUCGUGAGUCACUGCGUGGUAUGCGUCCCCUGCGGGGCCCGCGCCAUCCCCCGGCCCUUCACCUUCCAGCAGUUAUCUGGUCAGGAUGAAGUCAUCGCAAGAGUUAUUCAGAGAUUGUGUGAAAAAAGAAAGAAGAAUAUCCUCGCAUAUGGAUACUCCUUACUGGAUGAGAACAGUUCUCAUUUCCCAAUCAUGCCGUUUUCACGUGUAUACAGCUACCUGCCCAAUACUGUAACAGAAACCAUGCGUAUGAGUGGCCUCUGGCAAACACUGAUGAGCAGGAUAGGGGAUGAUGUGACGAUGUAUUUGUUGGAACACUGUGCAAUCUUUAUGCUGGUUCCUCCUAGUAAUUGUUACCAGGUUUGUGGGCAGCCAGUUUAUGAACUUAUUUCACAUACUGUUAAUGUAGACUCAUCCCCAGUGUUUGCUAAACAAAGGUUUUCAAAGCGUAAGCGUAGUAGCUUGCUUGACUAUAUUAAAAAAAGACUUAGGUUUCAUAGGCAGUAUCUUUCAAUGUCACAUGGGUGGAAAUGCAGACAAAGACUUGAAGCUAACGUCUCCAGCCUGAGAAAUACAAAACCCAACAUGUCCAGUUGCCACUAUGCUGCAAAAGAUGCUUCUAAAGCAGAUGAACAGAUCAGAAUGGGUACUGAGCAUCUGGAAGAACAGAGUGGCUCCAGUUCACGUUUGUCAGCUACAGCACCAUCCUUAAAAAGGAAGCCUGAUAGGGAACAACUUGAAAUUCCAGCUAAGAGAGCGAAAGUAGAGGAGAAAGCAAGAGAUGAAAGUGCUGAUAGUGUCACUGCUGAUGUAAAGCAAAGUAAUUGCAAGAGCUAUGGAGCUGGUUGUGUAGCAUCACGUUCUGUAUGCCCCAUUAAAAAGGUGCACGUUUCUCAAAGUAAAAGUGAUAUGUCUGGUCCGUCCUUAGUUCACACGUCUCACAAUGGGAAGAAGUGUGUGGCAGGUGAAAGAUCUUUUCUGCAGGGAGUUCAGAGUAACAAAUGUUCCAAGUCCAGCAUUGAAAAGCAAGCAGAAUCUCAUAGGAAAGGAGUAGAGAUGAAUACACAUGAAUCUCAUUUGGAUUCUGUGCGAAUCAAACCCAUGGAGGGUAUUUCUUCAAAGUACAGAAUGCAGGAAAAUCCUGUAGCUCACUUGGCAAAGAAGUCACCAAAUAGGCUCUCACGUUCUGAAGUAUACAUUGACAGGAAGCUGAUUCUGUAUUCUCGCAAGGGUUUCAAAGAAUGUUUUUCUAAAUCGUUUUUAUUGAAUCGCUUGCAGCACUGUAAGGCAGGUGGAAGACUGCUUGUAGAAGCUAUAUUCUUAAACCAAAAUGUGUUGGAGCAAAAGCACCACCAAAGUCUGCCAGAUAACAAGUGGAGGAAAAAGAGGUUGCCCAAACGCUACUGGCAAAUGAGAUGUGUAUUUCAGGCACUGCUAAGGAACCAUAGAAGGUGUCCUUACUUAGUUCUCUUGAAAAAAAAUUGCCCUGUCUGCAUAUCUGAAACCAAAUCAAGAAAAACUGAGCUGCCUUGUCAGACAGGCUUGCCCGGGGAAGUAGAGGUUCGCAACAAAGCAGAACCAUGUGGAAAAGAGCCUAAGUGUGUGACAAGCAGCAGUAACGCUGAUGUGCCAGAUAACUUACCUGUUUCUCUCACAAAAUCUGCACAUGGGGAGUCGCAGAGUGAGGAGCAAGACCAAGGAGAGGCGAGUGAUUCAGACCUCGGGCACCUCAUCAAACAGCGCAGCAACCGCUGGCACGUGUACCUGUUUGUGAGAGAGUGCCUGGAGAAGGUCAUCCCCGCUGAGCUGUGGGGUUCAAAUCAUAACAAGUGCCGGUUCUUAAAAAAUGUCAAAGUGUUCAUUUCCAUGGGGAUGUUUGCUAAGCUUUCCUUGCAAGAGUUGACGUGGAAGAUGAGAGUGAAUGACUGCUUGUGGCUCCGUCUAGUCAAAGGUGAUCACUUUGUUCCUGCCUCUGAACAUCGUCUCCGUGAAGAAAUUUUGGCUAAAUUCCUGUACUGGCUGAUGCGUACCUAUGUCGUUGAGUUGCUCAGAUCAUUUUUCUAUGUCACUGAGUCCAUGUCCCAGAAAAACAACCUUCACUACUACCGAAAGCGUAUCUGGGGCAAGUUACAGAACAUCGGAAUUAGAAGCCAUAUUGCCAAAGUACCUCUGCGUGCCUUGUCUUUGGAGGAGGUCAAAGCUAUCCGUCAAAAAAAAUGCAUUCCUGUGGUGUCAAAGCUCCGCUUCAUCCCCAAAACACAAGGGUUAAGACCCAUAAUAAAAGUGAGCAGUGUUAUUGAACCACAAGCACUCAGCAAGGAGAGCAGAGAAAAGAAGAUGCAUCACUACAAUACUCAACUGAAAAAUCUGUUUAGUGUGUUGAAUUAUGAACGGACUAUAAACACCAGCUUCAUCGGCUCUUCAGCCUUUGGGAAGGAUGAUAUCUACAGGACAUGGAAGAAGUUUGUUACAAAGGUUCAUGAAUCAGAUGGGGAAACCCCUCAUUUCUACUUUGUGAAGACUGAUGUGUCCAGGGCUUAUGAUACCAUUCCUCACAAAAAACUUGUGGAAGUGAUUUCACAGAUCUUAAAACCUGAGAAGAGAACUGUCUACUGCAUACGGCGCUACGCAGUGAUUAUGAUAACCACAAGUGGAAAAGCCAGGAAGUUCUAUAAGAGACAUGUUUCUACUUUCAUGGAUUUUUUGCCAGACAUGGAGCAGUUUUUGUCUCAUCUUCAGGAGAAUGACUCAUUGCAAGAUGCAAUAGUUGUUGAACAGAGCUUAACUUUUAAUGAAACAAGUUCCACCCUGUUUGAAUUUUUUCUUCAAAUGUUGCAUAACAUUAUUCUGAAGAUUAAGAGGAGGUACUACUUGCAGUGCUGUGGAAUUCCACAGGGAUCCAUUUUGUCAACCUUGCUUUGCAACUUAUGCUAUGGAGACAUGGAAAACAAAUUGCUCCCUGGAAUACAGCAGGAUGGAGUCCUAAUACGUCUCAUUGAUGACUUUUUGCUGGUUACACCACAUUUAACAAAGGCAAAAGCUUUUCUAAGGACUCUAGCAGUGGGUAUUCCUGAGUAUGGCUUUUCAAUAAACCACAAAAAGACAGUUGUGAAUUUUCCUGUUGAUGGUAUCCCAGGAUGCUCCGAAUUCAAACAGGUGCCAGGUGAUCAUUUCAUCUUGUGGUGUGGUUUAUCCCUGGAUAUACGGACACUUGAGGUUUCCUGUGAUUACUCCAGUUAUAACUCUACUUCUAUCAGAACAAGUCUUUCCUUCAAUUCAAGCACAACAGCUGGGAAAAACAUGAAAUACAAAUUGAUUACAGUCCUCAAACUGAAAUGCCAUGGCUUAUUUCUUGAUUUACAGAUCAACAGCCUUCAAACAGUUCUCCUCAACGUUUACAAGAUAUUUUUACUUCAGGCUUGCAGGUUCCAUGCCUGUGUUCACCAACUGCCAUUCAACCAGAAAGUUAGAAACAAUCCUGACUUCUUUCUAAGGAUCAUCUCUGACACUGCAUCAUGCUGCUAUUCUACCCUGAAAGCAAAAAAUGCAGGGGUUGUCUUAGGUAACAAAGGUGUGUCUGACAUGUUCCCUUCUGGGGCAGCAGAAUGGCUCUGCUACCAUGCCUUCACUGUCAAACUGUCAAAGUACACAAUUAUUUACAAGUGCCUGCUUAAGCCCCUAAAGAUUUGUAAAAUGCAGCUAUUGAGGAAUAUCCCAAAGGAUACUAUGGCACUACUGAAGACAGUGACAGAACCAUCUCUUUGUGAAGAUUUCACUCAUAUACUGAAAUGA